CUGUGCUGACGGAUGUCCAAAGUUCAGAACUUUUUCAAUGUGCGUUUCAUAGGGACACAAGGAUGGGGACAGCUUGAACACAGCAAACUGCACUUGCGGGUUGAGACUUUUUCCCUGUUUUUUCCCCCUUUUUUGAAAGCAACGCAGCGAGGAACUGAGAUUUGAGCGCCUCAGCCUUCAGAGGAGGGAGAAGUGGAACUCUCAUUUUGGAGCUUUACUUGCGCCGGAUCAAAGUGAAGACAUGCAGGCUCGCUACUCCGUCUCCAGUCCCAACUCACUGGGCGUCGUGCCGUACAUCAGCAGCGACCCGAGCUACUACCGGGCCGCCGCCGGUGGGGGAUACACGGGAAUGCCAGCACCUAUGAACAUGUACUCUCAUGCGGCUCAUGACCAGUAUCCUGCCAGCAUGGCCCGUGCGUAUGGACCGUACACCCCCCAGCCUCAGCCCAAGGAUAUGGUCAAGCCUCCCUACAGCUACAUAGCGCUCAUCACUAUGGCUAUCCAAAACUCGCCUGACAAGAAGGUGACCCUGAAUGGGAUUUACCAGUUUAUCAUGGAGAGGUUUCCAUUUUACCGCGACAACAAGCAGGGCUGGCAGAACAGCAUCAGGCACAAUCUGUCGCUGAAUGAGUGUUUUGUCAAGGUGCCCCGUGAUGAUAAAAAACCCGGCAAAGGCAGCUACUGGACCUUAGACCCGGACUCCUACAACAUGUUCGAAAACGGGAGCUUCUUGAGAAGACGGCGGCGGUUCAAGAAGAAGGACGCGCUGAAAGAGAAGGAGGAGCGGCUGCAGAAGGAGGUGCCGCCGAGGCAGCAAGGCCGGGAGCAGGAGCAGCCGGUGCAGGGCUCCCAGCCCGUCAGGAUCCAGGAUAUUAAGACUGAGAACGGGGCCGUGACGCCGCCGCAGGCCGACUCGCCCUCCCUGAGCACCGUUCCCAAAAUCGAGAGUCCAGACAGCAGCAGCAGCAUGUCCAGCGGGAGCCCCCACAGCAUCCCCUCCACCCGCUCCAUCGGCAUGGACAGCUCCGAGCACCACCAGCACCACGGCCAGGCCUCGACGCAGGGCUUCAGCGUAGACAACAUCAUGACCUCCCUCCGGGGGUCUCCACAAGGAGCCACCGAGCUCAGCUCCGGCCUCACCGCCUCCAACAGGACAGGUAUAACACCGUCUUUGUCCCUAAACUAUUCUCCAAGUCAGACGUCUGUCUAUAGCUCCCCCUGUAACCAAAACUCCAUCUCCACUACCUCCAACGCGACCUAUCAUUGUAACAUGCAAGCCAUGAGCCUUUACGCAGGGGACAGAUCGAGCCACUUGGCACCGAGCACCACCGUGGACGAAACGUUGCCAGAUUACUCAGUCACAACCACCUCAUCCUCCCUGACCCACGGUAAUCUAAACUCUGGGCAGGAGGGCCACCAUCCCCACCAAGGGAGGCUGACCUCAUGGUACCUCAACCAGGCCGGAGACCUGGGCCAUCUGGGCGCAGCUUACCCAGCACAGCAGCAGAACUUCCACUCAGUCCGAGAGAUGUUUGAAUCCCAAAGAAUUGGCUUGAAUAACUCGCCGGUGAAUGGGAAUAACAGCUGUCAGAUGUCAUUCCCACCGAGCCAAUCCAUCUAUCGCACUUCGGGAGCUUUCGUGUAUGACUGCAGCAAGUUCUGACCAAAAAGAAAAAAACAAAACAAAACAGGCUCGAUAUAUUUUCCUCGCGGUGUUUGAACUCUUUUCAGUAAAAUCCAGCGUUUUUAUCCUCCUUCCCUGCCCACCACCAUAUGGACUAAUAUGAGACAGAAAACAAACCAAAAAAAAAAAAAGAACAGAAAAGACUUGAUCUUGGUUUUUUCUAAAGAACAGUGUUACUGCAAAUAACACGUAAGUCUCUCUUUGCUUUUGUGGCUUUUAUGUGAUAUGUUAAAGAUGUGUCACUUUUCAUGGACGUGUAAAUUGCAUAUAGUAAUUUAUUUCUAAACUGUAGCCGGAUAUUAUGGACCAAACACCAAAAAAAGUGUUUCUAAAUUGAAUUGCCUUAAUUGUCCAAAAAAAAAAAAGGAAAAUUCCAAAAAAAAAUUGUUCCAAUAUAAAAAAAAAAGUAAGAAAAAGGAACGUGUAUAUCGCCGUACUAUUUCAAAGAUUCUUCAUUUGUUGAAAAGUAUUCUUGAAGGAUUUGUUUGUUUGUUUAAUAAAUUGUCAUUUUAUGUGAGUUAAA